AUUUGGCUUUAUUGGCCUACACUAUCCGACUGGUGAGGUUGGCUUCGUUUUGCACUCGGUAGGAUAGUUUGCCACUUUAUGUUCAUUACGUUCAUGGCAAAAGGAGGGAAAGACGAGAGAAUGCGGACCACAGGAGGAAGGGGAGAAGGCAGAGCCUCCACCCCGGCCGGGUGGGUGUUAUGAAAAUCCCAGCAGUGCCAGGUGGAUCGUUGCCUGUGUUCCCUACAGGACAACAGCUGCUGCUUCCUCCAGCCUGCACUGGGAGGGAGCUCGGGGUGGGGAGAGGGAGGCUGGACUUGGAUGAGUGCCUACCCUCCGAGCCAAGCCUUUCUUCCGGAGUUCCACACAGCCUCUCGAUACCACUGGAAAGCCCGUGGGAGAGUGUUUCCCUUCAGCCAGGAGCAGAUCCAAGUUCUGUCAGCCUGAUGUAGAUCCUGGGUAAAUAAGGGCAAGAGGCUCGUUUUAUAUUUGGAGAAAGUGAGACGCACUGCAAAGCUGGGGUCAGUUGUGGACUCUCUUCGGGUCUCUGGAUUCCCAUGACCUUUCCUGGAACAGCUGUGGGUUUGCAGGAGGCAGCCCUGACCGAAGAAUUUAGUGUAACCUAGGCUGGCUUGGAUCUUGCUGGGUAGCUGAGGGUGCCCUUGAACUCCUGAUCUUCCUGCUUCAACCUCCCAGUACUGGGGUUUCAGUUGUGUCCCACUGCAACCAACGCUCAGAAUCAAGCCUGAGACUGGAACAUGCUGCCAACUGAGAUACGUCUCCAGCUGCCAGCGCGCUAUCAGAGACAGGCAGACUCUCCACUCCUGUAUUUACCGUAAGGAGUGCCAGGAAACAAGGAACAUUCAGAAGCUUUUCUCACUCUGCGUAGCAGCCCAAGGACUGGGUGAGACAGACUCAGUGGUGCACCACCGGGGAGAACGGCUGGCUGGAGACGGAGGAGUGGGGGCCUUGAGCAAGUUCCUCGUCUUACAGGAUCUGUAAGUUACUGAGCAGUUCUUCCAGAAUAAGGGAGGCCCAAAGAGGAAACUGGAGAAUACUGGAAGCUCUGGGAAGGGUGGACAGUCUCUUCGGGCCUAACGUACCUCUCAUUACAGUAACUCUGCCAGCAGAAGGCAUGGCACGAGACGGGGUCUGGCUCCUUUGCCUCCAGCUUGUCCUACGUCCAACUCUGGUGACAGGCAUCAAGAUGGAGAUCGCCAUCAAGAACUUCCGCACCUUACACGUUGACUACCCCAGGAUUAACUACCCGAAGGGUUUCCACGGGUACUGUAACGGGCUCAUGGCCUAUGUGAGGGGCAGAAUGCAGGACUGGUAUUGCCCUAAGAUCCACUACGUGGUCCAUGCCCCCUGGGAAGGCAUUCAAAAGUUCUGCAGAAACAGCGAGAACUUCUGCGAGAACUUCAAUGAGUACUGCACGCUCACUCAGAACUCCUUCCCCAUCACCAUCUGCACCCUGGGUUCCAAACAGCCGCCAACCAGCUGCAGCUACAACAGCACCCUGACCAACCAGAGGCUGUACUUGCUCUGUUCCAGCAAGCAAAAUGCUGAACCGAUAGGCAUCAUUGGCCUCUACUAGGCUUGCCAAGCAGUCCCACCUCCGACGGGCCUGUACAUGCCACCCCAAAGCCUGUUCCCUUCUGAGGCAGAUCCCCGCCCUCCUCCAGGCUCUUUGCACCUUCUCAUCACCCCCACUAUGAGCCUCCCUCGCCCAGCAGCAGUGAAACCCACCCAAGAAGCUGCCGGUGUCCAGCUGGCAGAGCUUGUCCGUCUACUGGGCCAGAUCCCGACUUCUGGAUGGAGGCCCAGGCCCCAACUCCUGCCAUAGCAACAGGCACCCAGUCCCAGUAUUUCUCUCUAUUCCUGUUUCUAGUGUCAGCCUCCCCCACUUCCCUUAUAAUUCCUGCGCUCCUGGGAGCCUCCGGACGACCCCUAGGCUCACUAUCUCACUCUGCUCCCAGCCCCCUCUCUCUGUGAUCUUCCCCUCCCCACCUCCUCCCACCGUGGAGCCCAGUGUUGUCUCCCUGUUCUUCCGACCACUGGCCCACUGGUAGCCAUGCUGCCUACCUUAUCCCAGACUCUGCCUCCCACCUUCUUUCACCUUGGUCCACCAGUCUUUUCAAGUUCUCUUUUCUGUUCUUCCCAAAGUCUCUCGGUCCCCUUUCCCUGCCCUCAUCUCUACCCAACAUUUCCCAGACUCUGGGGUCUGUGCCACUCAGGUGGCAGAUGAAGAGGCAGACCCAGUUUCCAGUUGUGGAAAAACCACUGGGAGAAAUUGGGCACAAGGCUCAUGAGCUCCUUUCUGCAUUGCCUUCUUGUGAAGCUGUAAUAAUUUCCAAAUAAAAAGUUAAAAAAAACACAUUCAACUCCAUUGUGAUUCAAUUCCCUCCUUGCUUUUGGUGUCACCACCUCUGGCCACCCUUCACAACUGUUCUGUCGGAAGGACUAUGGAGUUGGGGGCAAGUGAAGUCCUUCAUGCUGUGAGUUCAAGGUCAGCCUGAUCUAGAGUUCCGGGCAUCCAAGCCAGCUAGGGCUUCAUAAGUGAGACCCUGUCCCCAAAACCAGAUCAAACAAACAAGCAAACAAAGAGAAAGAGAUUUGUGAUUUAUAACAGUGUUAGGCUUCCCUUCCUGGUUUUUAUCUAUCUCCCAACAAAACCUGGAUUCUAACAGACGAGCAAGUUGGGAGGCACAUUAAAGGCUCCCAGUGAUUAUCUGGGACAUGGUAAGUCAAACUAUACUCCCUUUGGGGAGGUAGAAGGAAUGGGGGCCACUGAUGUGUGAUCACAGUAAGCGAUUUUUUUCUUCUUCUGCAU